CAUAGCGUUUUCCGGGGUUCCUGCUCCGUGUCGGGCUCAUGACGCUUCCCCCACUGGACUGCCCGCCCGUAGUUUCAUCCCUGAUUGUCCGAAUGUCACCUGUUCUCUAGCUCCAGUGAUCCCUCCUCCUCUUACCCUCCUGCUUGAAGCUCUCCAUCUUUCUCCAGCACCAGACCAUUUCGGGCCACAUGUAACCUCUGUCUCUGCCAUCCAUGGGCCCCUGAGGCAGGAACCCAGUCUUCUCCCGUGUUCCCACGGUGAGAAGCAGGGCCCUGUGCCAGCAGGAGGCGGCCGGAGGUUGGGGUUGCCAUCCUCAGGGACCCCAGGAGACCCUCCCCAGAGCAGGAGCUGCUGAGGAGGGGCUAACAGGCCCCCACACCCCGCCCCUCCCGGGGCUCACUCUUCAAAGGGCCCAGUUCCCGGCAGCGCUGAAGGAAAGGCUGCGCCCUAGAGCGUCAUGGAGGCGCUGGUUCGAGUCCUGUGGGCUCUGCUGGUGUCUGCGGAGUUUGCUGGCGGCACAAAACAGCCAAGUGUGAACCUGAGCUGCUACCAGUGCUUCAAAGUCACCAAGGAGGCGUUGUGCACCCCCGCCGAGUGCUCGCCCACGGACCGGGUCUGCGUCUCGAAUGUGUUAUUCACGUAUUCAACAGAAGCAAAGGUGAAGAUGUUGCUCAGCAAACGUUGCGCCCCCAGGUGCCCCAACACCAACAUGAAGUAUGAGUGGUUGUCGGGAUCCCAGUUGUUCAACAGGAUCAUCAGGCAGUGCUGUGUCCCAAGUCUCUGCAACAGGGCGCCUGCCACAUGGCAGGGUCCCUGGGCCCAGCGACGGCGGCUCCUGCUCCCACUGGCCAUAGGCCUCCUCUGGGCCCUGCUGUGAGUACCUUCCUUCGUCCCUGCAGGCCCACCCUGUCCUCCCGCCUUCAGCCUCUGUCCUGCUUCCCUCUCUUUGGAGACACUGAGUGGGACAUUCCACCUCUGAGGUGGUAGGAAAGGUGCCAUGCCUCCACCCUGGACCUGGCCACCUCUCCUGUCCCUGGCAGGGGGCCUUUGCUCACAUGGCUCAGAGAAUUGAGCCCUGGUUCCACUUGGAGGAGAAUGAGCCUUUCCCAGUUUGGGGUCACAGCUCCCGUAUAAGGUUCCUUGCCCUGAACGGACUGUCCUGGACCUGGGAAGUGGCAGAAAGAGCCUGGGCAAGGCCACAGGGUGGCUCCAGCCCUGACUCUGGCUCUGACUUGCUCUGUGGCUUGGCCAGCCCCUGCUCCAUCCCUGCCACCUCUGUCCAUGGGGGCCUAGGUAGAUUCAUUUCGUGGGUGCCCCUGGUGCCUUGGGACCAUGACCUUCACUCCUUCCAGAGACAAUAAACUCACUGUUCAACCACACCCGUCCAGUUCCUUCCACCAUUUCCACGUGCCGUGCCCAGACCACAGCCCUGGGGCCCAGCUCUCAGCAGACCUAUGUGGUCCUGUGCCGUUCCUGACCGGAGUGGUCAGAUCUGGGGA